GUCACCAACAUGGCGCAGCCCAUCAGCGAAACUUUACCAAUUUGUUUUCUCCUUACAAAGUAAUUGUUUUCAUUGAAUAAUGGCAGUUUUGACUGCUUUUUUUGCCUGUGGUGGUGCAUUCGUAUCUGCAACAUUCUGGCUGUACCUGCUGUCGAUUAAUUUACCGUCACUGCCAAGUGAUCUGCAAAGCGCAUCAGGGAAUGAAAGUAUUGAGUUGAGAUUUCCCACCAACCUCGACGAUCUCAACAAUCUCGCCGAGUUACUACAAGAAUACAAAACCAAUAACUAUGGGUACGUCAUGUUGCUAUUCUGUAGCGCUUAUCUCUACAAACAAACAUUCGCCAUUCCUGGAUCAGUAUUUAUGAACCUUUUAGGAGGGGCAUUAUUUGGUAUCUGGUAUGCCUUUCCACUCUGCUGUGUCUUGACAGCGACUGGGGCUUCUUGCUGUUAUCUCCUGUCUCAUCUCUUCGGUAGAGCAGUCGUCAUGAAGUACUUCUCACAGAGAGUACAACCAUUGCAAAAAAAGGUUGAGGAGAAUCUUGAUGGUCUGUUUUUCUUCCUACUCUUUCUGAGAUUAUUUCCCAUGUCACCAAACUGGUUCCUUAAUAUGACCUCACCGAUCAUCGGAAUACCUCUCUUCCAGUUCUUCCUAUCUGUUUUAAUAGGUUUAAUGCCUUACAACUUCAUCUGCAUUCAAACUGGUAGUAUAUUAUCGGAAGUGACCUCACUUAAUGAGAUUAUUACGCUCAACGUUAUGCUGCGACUGGGAGGGAUGGCGUUGGUGGCGCUAUUACCCGGUCUCCUCUUCAGGAAGUACAAGAAGGGAACAGCCAAGAAGGAUUAGACGGGCAUACAGGGUCGAGGAAAGUAUUUGUAUAAUUAGCAGAAUUAUAUUAUUAUAAAUUAAACAUUAAAGUGACUUUUAUCUCAAUACCCUAAAGGUGAACUUUCAGAACCAGUCUAAACGCAACGCAAAUUGUGCAUAUAUUUGACCAGAAGAGGGCACUUUCAAUGGCAAAUUUCCUUACAUCACAAUUACAGUAUUAUCUGUUUCGACUGCUAGUACGUCAUUUUCUGUAUCAAAGGCGAAAUAAAAUAUGAACUUGGAAAAAAAGGCUUAAGCUUCACUUAAGUUUUACAGGUGAACUUUGCUCUUGAAGGGGCUCACCAAUUUUCUUCUGGGCCCAAUUUCAUAGAGCUCCUUGAGCACAAAAUUUUGUGUAAGCAAAUAAUUCAUUGCUUGGUAAAAUCAGAUUACCGGCCAAGACUCCACUCAAUUGUUAUGCUAAGUAAACAACAGCUAAAUACUAGU